AUCGCGCUCAGGUUCUAAGAGGCAGUUUUCCUUCAUGCUGCCUUAUUGUGUUUUUUCAUUCGCUAUCAAGUGCUACGGUUUUCCGUUUCUGCUCGAAUUGUAAUAGGGAAAAAGUGUAGUUCUAAGAAGUUAUAAAUCUCGAAAGUGGCUUUGUUGAAAGAUUUUCGUUGUUUUCGUACUUAGUAGGCCUGUUGAGCUGUUUGAUGCCAAAACUGUGCACUUAUUUUUCGCUAGCAAAAUGAUAACAGUGAAAUCAGUAUAAGUCCUUCGGGCAAAAAGUGAACCGAAAUUAAUGAAAAUUAAUGGAGCUGUAGUGAAACUGACUGGACUUGAGCAGCAUUAGCAGCACCGAGCAUACAAAUUAGUGCCAAUAAAUUGUUCUCAUUUUUCAACGCUGGUAGGAGUCUGUAAUUUAAUUAGCGUAAGGAGUUAAAAACACCCCCGCAUCCCAUCAAAAGGAAAACGGAGAAGCAAGAGUGAAAUUCAAGCAAUCAGCAAUUAAUAACAUCAGAUGUAUAGAUUUUCGAGCUCAGCUCAUGCAAUGAAAGAAACCCAUCAGUUGCUUAUCCAAAAGUGAAAAAAGUAAAUAAAAGCAUAUUUAUCGGCGCAAGCAAACAUAAAUAUUUCAUCCCGAAAUAAACAUUUCCAAGUGCACGGCACAGGGCACCGACUGCGGGCAUAUUUACCAACACAAAAAAUAGGAUAAUACACUUCAAGUGUGAAUGAAAAUUUACUGUCCCAUGUCAGUGUCAAUGCCAGCGCCAGUUACUGUGUCGAAAAGAGUAAAGUGAUAUUCUGUCCAUUUUGUGGUAUAUACCUGCUCUUCCAAUCUAAGUGAUUGUGGUGGAACAUUGUGGAAGAAAUUUGCAUUUUUUCGGUAUACCAGAUGUUCACUGUUUGCUAAAUCUAGCAGCGAGAGGUGCUUUAAACAACGACGGAGGGAUCCUACACACGGAAAGAAACUAGUGCUGGAUUUUGAUUGCUGCUAUUAUCUUAAACGAGACCGUGGAAAAUGGAUCACGGUGGAGGUGACGAUGAAGCACCGAUUGAUCCUAGGCUAAACAGCAGCAAUUUUCCAGUGGAUCAAGAUUUUGAAGGUCACCGAGCACACACUGUUUACGUCGGCGUCCACAUCCCGGGUUCAUCAAGGCGCCACUCACAACGGCGUCGCCACAGACACCAUCAACAAAGUCGUGAAAACGGUGACAAAGGCUCCAUAAAUGCCGAAGCAGAACGACCAGCGAUCCAAAUACCUCACGUUGUCACCCAACGAAGAAUCAGCAUCGCUGAAGACGGCGAGUUUUUUACGCCCCCCGCACAAAGAGUUCAGUUCAUUUUGGGAGGCGAGGUGGACGACGUCAACCAUGAGUCACAUCCGCUGUUCUCCGAGAUGGAAGAGCUGGUCAAGGAGGGCGACGAUAUUGCCUGGAAAGAGACCGCCCGAUGGGUCAAGUUCGAAGAGGACGUCGAAGAGGGUGGCAACCGGUGGUCCAAGCCGCAUGUUGCCACCCUCUCGCUACAUUCGUUGUUCGAGCUGAGAAGUCUCCUGCUCAACGGUACCGUAAUGCUGGACAUGGAAGCUGUCAGCCUGGAGACGAUCGCGGAACUGGUCUGCGAGAACAUGGUCAAUGCUGGCACAUUGCCCACCGAAGCGCGAGAGAAAGUUGUCGAUGCUUUACUGAAGCGUCACAAACAUCAGCACGAGCUGGCCAGUAAGAAGAGCCGGCUGCCGCUGAUUCGGUCUCUAGCCGAUAUUGGCAAGAAUUACUCGAGCUCAAAGAAUAUGCGACGCUCAUCCACCGCCACCUCUGCCAACUCAUAUCCAAUGCACGUCGUCUCAUCGUCUCCGGGAAUGCACGAUGACGUCGGUGAAGCGACACCAUCACCACAAACUGCACUGCUCGGUGGGUCUGUCAAAGAUCAGCGGGGUCACUAUCUAGCACUGCCAACAGUUGAAGAACAACAUCAACACAGCCAACAGCAACAAACCACACAAUCCCACUCGGUCUCGAAAAGUGGAAGCAACAGUAGCAACAUUAACGCCCAGGGUAAACCGUGUAGCGGCGGUACCAACGGAAACCAGUUGACCGUACCUGGAAUCCCUUCCGGAGAGAAUCUUAUUCAAAGCCCCAGUAGUCUCUCGAUGGCACGAAACACCAGCUCCGGUGAGCUGCAAAAUGGUGAACACAGGACGAAUACGCAUUUUAUGAGGAAAAUUCCACCCGGAGCGGAAGCGAGCAACAUCCUCGUGGGCGAGGUUGACUUUCUCGAUAAGACACUUGCAGCAUUCCUAAGGUUAAAAAAUGCCGCCGUUAUGGGUGAUCUGACGGAGGUUCCCGUGCCAACUAGAUUCAUAUUCAUCCUGCUCGGUCCACCGGGAAGUCAUGGAAGCUUUCACGAGAUCGGACGUGCCAUGGCGACACUGAUGUCGGACGAAAUCUUCCACGAAGUGGCGUACCGAGCCAAAAAGCGAGAACAUUUACUGGCGGGAGUGGAUGAAUUUUUGGACGCCGUUACCGUUUUACCACCGGGUGAGUGGGAUCCAUCGAUACGAAUAGAACCUCCUGCGGCAAUACCGUCACAGGAGGUACGUAAGCGACCUCCCGAGAAAAAUCCGAAGGAGGAAAUCGACGAGGAAGAGGAAGAACAACGACAACGCGAAGAAUCCGGCCUUUCCAGAACUGGCCGGCUGUUCGGUGGCCUGAUCAACGACUUGAAGCGAAAAAAGCCAUUCUAUUGGUCUGAUUUCAAAGAUGGACUUUCGAUGCAGUGCGUGGCAUCGUGGAUUUUUCUGUACUUUGCAUGUCUAUCGCCGAUCAUCACUUUCGGCGGUCUGCUAGGAUCAGCCACGGGGAACAAUAUCGCUGCCAUGGAGUCUUUGGUUGCCGGUUUCGUAUGCGGUAUGGGUUAUGGAUUCUUCUCCGGGCAACCGUUGACUAUUCUGGGAUCAACCGGGCCGGUGCUUGUUUUCGAGACGAUAGUGUAUGACUUUUGCCUGCAAGUUGGAUGGGACUAUUUGACCUUCAGGUUUUGGAUUGGAACGUGGAUUACAAUAAUCCUGAUCGUUUUGGUAGCCGUCGAUGCGAGUGCUCUUGUGUGCUAUAUAACCAGGUUCACCGAAGAAAACUUUGCUUGUCUUAUUGCGUUCAUCUUUAUCUACAAAGCUGUGGAGAAUGUGCUACAUAUCGGGAAAGAUUAUCCAAUGAACACAGCAGGGUCAAAAUACGACUGUUCAUGUCUACCACCGGAUGGGCAAGCAUUGUCACCGGAGAUCGUUCAUGAUUGGUCACACUAUGAUAAGAAAACUUGCACGCUUCUUAACGGCACCUUAAGCGGUUACGAUUGCGACAAAAUAGAAUACAUCUCCGAUGUCUUCCUGAUGUCAAUCAUCCUAUUCAUUGGGACCUACAUCAUUUCGGUGAUUUUGAAAGACUUUAAAAAUGCUUUAUUCUUUCCGACUAACGUGAGACAAUUCGUGAGUGACUUUGCUGUCAUCAUUGCAAUUCUCUCAAUGAGUACGUUAGACUUUGUCACCAAUGUUCCAACACCAAAACUCGAAGUUCCACGUGAAUUUAAACCAACCAUUCCGGAUCGGGGAUGGGUUAUCCAACCAUUCAACGAGAAGAAUCCGAUCUGGUCGUCGGCGAUCGCCGCGCUGCCCGCCUUGUUAGGCACCAUUCUGAUCUUUAUGGAUCAACAAAUUACGGCUGUGAUAAUCAAUAGGAAAGAGCAUAAGCUAAACAAAGGAUGUGGUUACCAUCUGGAUCUGUUCGUACUAGCUCUGCUGAUACAGAUAUGCACAAUGAUGGGACUACCUUGGUUCGUGGCUGCUACCGUACUCAGUAUUAACCAUGUCAAUUCACUCAAGCAAGAGUCGGAAACGGCUGCUCCCGGUGAGAAACCGCAAUUCCUCGGAGUACGCGAGCAACGAGUAACCCAUAUUCUAAUCUUUCUGACGAUCGGCUGCUCGGUACUGCUAACCCCGCUCCUGUCACACAUUCCAAUGCCAGUAUUAUAUGGCGUGUUUCUGUACAUGGGAUCAGCUUCCCUCAAGGGUCUCCAGUUCUUCGAUCGGCUGUUGAUUAUGCUGAUGCCAGUUAAAUACCAACCGGACUACAUGUUUCUGCGACAGGUCCCAAUACGGCGAGUUCACCUGUUCACGUUGAUCCAGCUAGCCUGUUUGAUUAUGCUGUGGGUAAUUAAAUCGUUCUCCAGCACCUCGAUCCUGUUUCCGCUGAUGCUGGUGGUGAUGAUUGGAAUACGGAAGUCACUCGAUUUCCUGUUUACACGGCGCGAGCUCAAGAUCCUGGACGACGUCAUGCCGGAAAUGACAAGACGAGCAAAUGCGGAUGACCUCCGGCAGCUCGAGGAUGGCGAGGAAACGGGCCAUCACUCGGCUGAUAAUCUGCAGCUACCGCUGGAAAAUGGUAACCUCGCGUCUAAGGUUAAGAUUAAUAUAUCGGAAGAAGUGAACAAAACUACUAUCUGGAAACAGGUCAAUAACUGCAAUGUACUGUUUACAAAGAAGUCUACCAAAGCAACCUCAUCCCAUCAUCAGGACCCACCGGAUUCCUUCACCAACGUUAGUAGUAAGUCGACGACAAAUACGUCAAACAAUCAACAAGCGCAACAACAACAACAAUCACUUUCCGAAACCACGGCGAAAAAAACGAAUGUAACCGACAAAAGACUAUCCACAAUGCGGGAGGAGGAAGAAACUAAUCCUGAUGAUGCCAACAACCGCCAAUCGAAACUCCACAAACGAACGCAGAAGCUCAAAAGGGAAUUUUGGAUGAACUCUUCACGAGCCGGAAAUACAGCCGUUAUCCGUAGUGUCCCUGCCGAUGGUCAGCGAUUCGAAGGCGGUGCAAUCGAUGCUUCACUUGGCCGCAAUCUCGCAUCGGAAACGCAGCUUUGAGCUCGAUCGUUGGAUUGUUACAGUUGUGUUGAGUAGGACCUGUUAUAGGUAAUAGGAUUUGUAUUUGUUGAGCAAAGCUGAUAUCUGCUGUAGUAGACUGUCCAAUGAAAAUAGGUCAAUGUAUUAGUGUGCUAUUGAGGAAACUACAAUACAAAUGAGAUUUUUUUAGGAAUAUACCAAUCCCAAUCUAGUGAAGUAAAAAAGUUUUUCUAUAAAAUAAUAUUUGGGUAGGGGAUGCAACUUCGCUGAUUGUUUGUCUUAGUUAUUGAAGGGCAAUAGUACGGUGGAAUGUAACGUCUCAGAGUGAUCAAUUGUAAUUAACGAACCUUAUACAUUUAUUAGCUAAAAUACUUAAAAAUCCGUGCAAAUAUACAAUUAUAAAAUUUACUGGAAA